AUUUGCCCCGAAUGAUUUGUUUGACUUUCUCUGGUUGCGUGUUGGAGAAUCCCGUCCCAGGAUUAUUUUAGAUGGCGACAAAAUGUUAACUGCUACUUUUGGGCACUCCCAACUACUCUUCUGGUUUUCUGUACUUUCAAAGCCAUUCAUUUUGAUUUUCUUGUUCCAACUACAAUUUUAAACUACAAAGAGACUGAACAACCGUAAUCCCACACAACACAUAACAUCACUUCCUCAGCCAAGAAAACAAGGCAAAAGAAGAAUGGAGUAUCAAGCUUUUGGGAGGGCCCAGAGAUCAAAAGUGGCGAUUACAAAGCAGACAUUGAAGGUGAUGCUAGUUUUGGCUGUUGGUUCCUGGAUGUUAUAUCAGAUCAAGCAAUCAAGAAAUGAUAGAGAGAAAUAUAGCGAUGAAAGGAAGCUUGUUGGUGGACAUGGAGCUAGAUUGUUAGGGCGUAAGGGGAUCCUACCACGGGUAUACGAAAUAGAUUUUCCUGACUCAGGAAAUGUAGAUUCUGCAGGAGAAGCUAAAGAGUCAAGUAGUGGCAGCGAUGAUGGAUCUGAGUCAUCUGAUGGAGCCAAGGAAGAUAAGGCUGAAGCAGGGCUUGUACAUAUCAAUGAGAAAUUCAGCACAAGAGAAAGAAAAGAAGUGGGAUUUGAACCACAAACUCAACCUGAGGUGUUAUCUGAAAAUCAAUGCAGAGAUUCAUCCAAAACAACAGCCGGAAAGGUUGGUAUAGAAUCAAGAAGUGAGUCAGGUCACAAAGAGCAUGGCAUUGAGAAAUAUCCAAAGGGAUCAAAAGUAAACGGUUCUAAAGGUAAUGGCAUAGAAAAAGAAGUACAACUCAGGAAACAGCUAAAUGAUGAGCAUGUUAGACAGAAUGCUACAUUAGAUUUCUCAGAAAAGGAGAAUGAUGUAGAUGAAGGGCCAAUAAUUAGAGAAAAGGAAACCGGGAUACAGAAAAAUGUGGUGGAGGGUGCCACAAAUGCUGAAUUGACAGAGGAAAUAGAUGAGGUUCAAAGCUUUCAUGAUGAAAAUGGUGCCCCACCUGAUGAAAAGUGGCACCUAUGAACUCUGGUUUACAAAGACGAAAAACAUAAUGAAAAGUGGCAUCUAUGAACUCUGGUUUACAAAGACGAGAAACAUAAUCUCAUUAAACCAAACUAGCUAUCUGCUUCACCGAUUUCUGAAAUGGUGCCCCACCUGAUGUUAAUGAAACUGAGAUAGUAUUUGGUCGGGCACACAUUGUGCAUGAAAGGAAGUUGGUUAAGAAAACACAUUUAUGAAGUCACAUACGUAGAAGUGAAUCCGGAAACAUAAAAGAACGAUGCUGAUGAAGAAACUAAUGCAGGAAAUAUUAUUGCUCAUUACGAUGCUUCAGGCAUCAAACACAUUUCAGAAGGUGAAACAGAUAGCUAGUUUGGUUUAAUGAGAUUAUGUUUCUCGUCUUUGUAAACCAGAGUUCAUAGUAAAGGAAGUUGGUUAAGAAAACACAUUUAUGAAGUCACAUACGUAGAAGUGAAUCCGGAAACAUCAAAGAACGAUGCUGAUGAAAAAACUAAUGCAGGAAAUAUUAUUGCUCAUUACGAUGCUUCAGGCAUCAAACACAUUUCAGAAAUCGGUGAAGCAGAUAGCUAGUUUGGUUUAAUGAGAUUAUGUUUCUCGUCUUUGUAAACCAGAGUUCAUAGAUGCCACUUUUCAUUACUUAAAAAAAAAGUACAGAGCUGUAAGGUGUGAGUUUCUAGGCUAUAGAGUUUUUUUUAGUUCAUGACUAUGUAUGAUGUAAUUAUACAUAGGGAAUUGUAACAUUGCAGAUAUUUUUCAUGAAGAGAUCACUAGCUGCUGAAUUUGGCCAAGGACCUCGAGAGGUUUCAUUUAGAUAUGCAGCUUUGUUUUCGUUGGAUUUGAAAAACUGUAUAGGCCAAGAUAAAUGUAAUUGUUGUGAAUGAUACA